UUAAAUGUUUAUCAAUUGGCCGCUCCGCUUGCUCACGCUUGCUGUCCCGACGUGUUCUCGCACGACUUCUCGUAAUUUCUACUUUUACAGUGUCGGUAUUGAAUACAUAUUGAUUUCCGCCAAGAUUACAGUUAAUUUUCCAUUUGUGAAGUCAUACUUUUUUCCUAAAUGCAGCUGUGUCGUGCCCAAAGUCUUACAAGUGAAGCAAUACAGGUACCUCCUUCCCGCAACUUCCACACUACAAUCUGAGCUGUGCCUUUGAAAUGAUUUUCCUCUAAAUUUUCCUCUCAGCCUGAAGUUAGCAUUAUCUCUCAUCAGUCAUGGAAGUGGACGAUUCUGACGAUAUCAUGGAAAUAGAUCAAAACGAUUCUGUGGCACCCAGUUGGCCAGCUCCGCCAGUCGCCCAGCCGGAGUGUAUCGACAUGACCAGUGACGAUGAAGCCCCAGUUGUCAUAAAUAUCCAAUCUAAGGACAGUGCGUCAACUAUAUUAAAAAAGUUCUGCAAGUCCAAUAGUGAUCCAGUGCCCGAAGCUCCGACAAAUGUAGAGCAGUCCAUUUCAAAAUUAAAUCAAAUUUCUGUAACUGCCGUUAACACAAUCGACAAUCAAAAUUUAACUAGCAACGGUCAGAAUUCUAACCACAAUGUAAAAGCUGUUGAAGCAGAUUGUAUUGAGCUUGAUGAUGAUGUUACUAUUUGCGAUCCUUCUCCGGCAAAUCUAACAACCACACUGCCAUCUUCUACUGGUAAUCCAAAGGAUGUUGCUGACUGUGGUGAAAAGUCUGAGGAAACUACCAAUGGUCAUCAGCCUCUUGUUCAAAAUCAUUCCAACCAGCAAGCAUUAAACCGACUGGUUGAAACCUGUGUCCAAGAUAGCUCCAGUUCUAAACCAAACAAUUCCAACGAUGAAUGUGAAAUGGUUAUUUUAACUGAUGACGAUGAAAAAGAAGAAAGCAAUAUUUCAGUUAGCAAUGCAGCUCCAGCCUCUGAUGCAUCUGUUCAUUCCAAUGGUGAAGAAGCCUCUACAAAUACUGAUCCGACUGACAAAAUAAAUUUGACUGAUGAUAAAAAUGUCAGAAACUCAGUUUCAAAUGAUCAGGACUCAGAUGUGGUAGUUCUAACUGACGAUGAGAAUACACCUGAUUCAGGGACCCCCAAAGAGGCAGCAUCUGAUGAUGGAAAGUCAGUUGCUUCAGAAUCAUUAGUUAUAGAUGAACCUGAUCAGAAAACCAGUGUCCAUGAGGCCAGUGCAGAUGAAACGUCAGUGGAAGAUACCAUUUCAUUGGUAAAAAUUGACCUCACCGAUGAUGAACCCUCUGACAUGAAGGAUGAGAGCACUGUUUCAACUGCAGCUCUCCAAGGAGAACCCAAGAUUUCUGAAAAACUUGAAUCUACAACGAAAGACAUACCAUUGAAAGCAGAGGAUGAUGAAAAGAAACCUAACUCAUGUUCGUUUGACCAAGAUAUCAAUAUGGUAAUCUUGACGGAUGAUGAAUGUACACCAGACACAAAGAAAACUCCUGCGGAGGUGAAACCUGACAGCGAGGAGUCGACUGAUGGGGACAAACCAGUUUCAAAUGAUCCUCAACAGAAAACGGAAGUUUCUAAAACUGUGGCAGAAGAAAAAGGACGGAAGGAAGUCCCAAAGGACACCGUUCAACUGGUGAAAAUUGACCUUACAGAUGAUGAUCCCUCAGAGAAGGAGGUUGAGAAGGUUACCUCUACUGUUCCAGACAAGUCUCUUAUCUCCGAAGAAUCUAAGAUUCCUGAAAAGUCCGAGACUAAUAAGCAAGAAGCACCAAAAAUAGAUGUUUGUGACGUUGAUUUAACAGAUGAGGAGGGAUCUGAACCAAAAGGGGCAACAGGAAUUGCCUCGAUACAAACUCCUGAAGGAACUAUCAUCGGGAAAGCAAUUAACCCUAACCUAAAAGAUGACAGUUUAUUCAAGACUCCAAAGCCACCGACAGCAGUGGAGGUUAUCGAUAUUGAAGCGAUUCGCGAGAAAAGACUCGGAUCAUAUGAGUGUGUGAACCCUAACUGCAAGUCUGGUGAGGGAUUACGUUUAGCGGAGACUUUCGUCAUGACCUAUUACAAUGUGAAGCCAAAAAGAGGGCUCAAAAUGUGCGAGGAGUGCUAUAACACAGCAAUGAACUAUGCCGAUUCUUUGUUGCAAAAGUUGGAAAAGCAUGAAUCGAUUUUUGAUGUCCCACAUAAUCCAGAUAGUCUAAUUGUCAGUCUUGAUUUGGAUUCGGAUGAUGAAUCGGAAACUAAAGCAGAGAAUCCAGAACUCAAACGAAGGAAGUUAUUCAAAACAUCUGAAAAUUAUCUGGAUGAAACAAUUCAAAAAGUGCUCAACAAAUAUGAUUUUAAGUUCCAGAUGGAGGAAGGCAACAAAAAGGUUGCCUCUGAGAUUGAACGCAUCAAAGCCGAAUUCGACAGCAUGAAACUUGAGAUCGACGUACACACACAAAACCUAAAAGACAUGCACAAUCAGAUCCAUGACCCAUAUCGACCGAGGUACACGCCGGUCAGAGAGCUUUCAAUAAUUGACUGUCAUAUCCAGCCAUACGGUUGUAGAGUGCCGUUAAAGACAGACCGCAACAAACCUCUGAUCUUCCAACCUAAUGUCCCUCAACAACUCUCUCCACAACGCGGCGUCUUUCAACAUCCUCAAUUACCAGCACCAAGGCAACCAACAACAGCCUUUCCAUCAUCGCAUCGAAUGGCAGUGGCAACAAAAAAAGUCACUCCAUUCAACAAAUCAAACAUCUUGGAUACCAAAAAUUUCUCAACCCUGAACUCUGAUAUUGUCCAGUUGAUUCCUGCCAAGAUAAUGCCGCCACCUAACCUGCCUUCACAGGGUCCUCUCAUAAGAACUCCGGUCAAAGUCAACGAGAUCGUGUACUACAUGAAAUCAACCUUGUACGGUGUUUGGAUUCCUGGCAAAGUUAUGAAGGUCUCUGCGGUUGACAGGAAGAGUGCUCAAGGUCCAUUUAAAUUCUUGUAUAAAAUUAGACCAGAACCAGUAAAAAAAUACUCUGAUGCUUACCGAUCGGUAUUUGGAAAGUUCUUAGCCUAUUACCAUCCAGCAAGUGUUAGAUUGCCUGUAGGGACUCGCGUUAUCGCAAUUUUCAAAGAGGAAAACGACAAGGGGAAGAGUGAUAAAUUUUAUGCAGGAGUCAUAGCAGAAAUACCCAAGUCAAUAAAUAAAUUCAGGUAUUUGGUCUUUUUCGAUGAUGGAUACGCCCAGUAUAUCAACCACGAGGACAUCCGUGUGGUUUGUGAGUCGUCAGCAAAUGUUUGGGAUGACGUUUUACCUGAGUUCAAGGACUUCAUUCAAAAGUAUAUAUCGGACUAUCCUGAAAGACCCAUGGUGAAGCUUCAAAAGAAGCAGAUGGUGAAAACAGAGUGGAAUGGCAAGUGGUGGAUAGCAAGAGUGCUAGAAAUUGAUGCAUCACUAGUGAAAAUGUGGUUUGAUGCAGAUCGGCGUGUUGAGUGGAUUUACCGAGGCUCUACCAGAUUAGGACCCUUGUUUGCCGCUCAUAAACGGCAAGAAUCAGGAGACCGACUUGUACGAGGAAAUCUCCGAAAUCGCAACACGCCAUAUGUGGAGUACACUCGACAAGAAGGGGAGGGUGCUGUUGAAAGUAAAGAUGGCUCUUACGAUUCGCCUCAGGCCUAUCCAGAAGUUGUCGAGAAGCGUGCUGUUGCUAGGAAAAGUGGAACUGGAAAACCGUCAAUGCAGAGAUCACCAGAUGCUGCCAGGAAAGAAAAUCAAAUGACAAUUCCCAAUACUCGAUAUAUCCCGGUUAAGGUUCCAUCAAAAUUAGAUCUUGUGGACACAUCUCGAGCCAUUCGACCUCGCACCUUUUCCCCGCACCAGUGUGGGCCCAGAUGUGUUUCUUGGGUUGGCUAUACGGGAGAUGAAGGGAAAGGUUACGGUCCACUUGUACUUCCUUUAUUAUUUGGAUUUGAAAGAGUGCUGACAAAAUUAAGGAAUAAAGGCAUCAUAUUUUAUAUAGCACCCUGCGGGCGAAGACUUCGUAACAUAUCAGAAAUUCACCGCUAUCUUAGGAUAACAAAAUCGCUAAUGACUGUUGAUCAAUUCAGUUUUGAAGAAUGGGUCAAUUGUCUCAGUGAGUUUAAGAUAACAAGGUGUUUCAAUUAUAUUAAGGAUCUCUCUUAUGGUAAAGAAAAGCAACCGAUCUCUUGCGUCAACUACUUAGAUAAUUUAAUGCCACAAUAUGUUCAUUACAUCACGGAGAGAGAACCUCGAGAGGGGGUUCAUCUCAAUUUGGACCCAGGUUUUCUCGUUUGCUGUGAUUGCACAGAUGAUUGCCAGAACAAAGAAAAGUGUGCAUGCUGGCAAUUAACUAUGGAAGGUCAAAAAGUUAUUCCGGGUAUGGAUGAUGCUGAGCUGAAUGAAGGAUACAUUUACAGGCGAUUGCCGGAGAGAAUAGUGACUGGGAUUUACGAGUGCAAUAGCAGGUGUCGAUGUUCAAAGACAACCUGCCUGAAUAGAGUUGUCCAGCAUCCAUUGAUGCAAAGGCUACAGUUGUUCAAGACUGAGAGGAAGGGCUGGGGCAUCAGAUGUCUUAACGAUAUUCCUAUCGGGUCAUUUAUAUGUAUUUAUGCCGGUCAUCUAUUGACUGAGAAUUCUGCGAACGAGGAAGGGAAAAAUUAUGGAGACGAAUAUUUAGCAGAACUUGAUUACAUUGAAGUAAUUGAGAGGAUAAAAGAAGACUACGAAGAAUCUGUACCUGAAGAAUUAAUGUCUGAAGCGGAGAAAUCAGCAGGAAGUUCCGAAGAUUCUGAAGAGGAACGGUCAAAAUCAAGACCAACCUCACCGCGAUCUCGCAAGAUGGAUGCUGAGUUCGAACUCAAAUGUGCGAGUAGUGAGCAAAGUGAAUUUAAGAUGAUGCUGCGGAAAAAACCGGAUAAAUCCAAAAAGAAGUCGGAUGAUAAAUCAUCAAGUGACGGGGAGAAAAGCUCCAACAAAGAAGAUGAUGGAGACAGUGAUGGAGAUGGUGAUGACAGAAAACAAAACCGAGCUCCUCUGAGAUUCAACCCAACUGUCGAUGAAGAUCCUGGGGAUGAGAAAGAGGGCAAGUCUUUAAGAUAUCUCUUUGGUGAAGAUGAAUGUGUAUACGUCAUGGACGCUAAAUGCAAUGGAAAUAUCGGACGAUAUUUGAAUCACUCUUGUGAACCAAAUGUUUUUGUUCAGAAUGUCUUCGUUGAUACGCAUGAUCUCCGUUUCCCUUGGGUAGCUUUCUUUGCUCUCAAUUAUAUUCCUGCUGGACAGGAACUAACAUGGGACUACAAUUACGACGUAAAUAGUGUACCAGGCAAGGUCCUCUACUGCUAUUGUAACAGUUCAGAGUGCCGUGGACGCCUUUUGUAAAUACAAUUAUCAGAUAAGACAUCUAGUGAAAUUUUCAAUCAUUGUUGUUCUCUUGGAAUUGUUUUAGUUAAUUUUAGGCAAGAGUCUUGGUUCAGUUUCCUAUUUUGUUCAGUGCAACUUCAAAACCAAUUAGUCAGCUGCCAAGCCAAGCUACUACUGAUAGAGCUGUGUCAGUUUAUCGGUAGAGAUAAGUGCUGGACUUACCAAAUCAUAUAAAUAAAAAAUACCAUUUAAGGCAUAUGUUUUGAUGUUAAAUUUGUUUUGUAAAGUGUUUGUAAAAGAUUGGUUUUCAACCCCUGUAAAAGCUGUAGAAGCUAUGUAUAUAUAAUGUGAGGAGAAGAAAAUUGAACCAAGUUCUAAACUCUUCAAGUCUGGUCUAUCAAUAUCUUUUUCUUCUAAUACAAUGAAACGAAAGCUAUGUAUCUAAAAUUGUUUUCAAAAACAAUGUAACAAAAGUGAUAAAUCGGUUCUCUAGAUCACUCUACUGAAAUUUCUCUGUAUUUUCCUCUGUUUUUUGCCAGCUUGUUUUCAUCUUGAUUUGCAAGUGCACCUCUUAUUUUUAAAGAACACAUGAACCAAUUAGUUUUUUCCCUCUUUUUAUUCUGCUGAAAUUACACGAAAAUCAAACUAGCCCUAUCAUUUUUCAUUCUUGUCAAUUUUGAAAAGCUUGAAAGUUGAUAGAAAUCUGAAUUUUUUGCUCUUGAUGUAUCACUUUUGGUGCUUAAGCCUCUUUAAAAAUUAUUGGAUAACAAUUUGGUUCUUUGUUUUCAGUAUAAACUUGAGAUUUUGACUUUUUUGUAAGUGCAUUGCACUUCUCGGACAUGACCCUCUUCAUUUAUUCCAGUCAGCCUUUUGUACUCAUCAUUUAUUUAUAUUCAGUGACCCUCAAGGUGUUUUUAAGCAUUUCUUUUUUACUUGAGUCAAAAACAUGGAGAAGAGUUGAAAAGACUGAGGUAUUUCUGACUGAUGUAACUCCUUAAGAUACCUGGUGAAGCAAAAGAGGCUAAGUGCAAUGCAUUUACACCAAUUGUUGAAUCCUGUAUCUGAUAGACCACUAGACAAGGAGGAUUUAAGCAUUUUGCAGCGUUCGCUCAUCAAAAUUUCAUGUAGAACACGAUUUGUGCAACGAAAA